AUGGUGCCAUUACCUUUCUUUCUUUGGACAUUUUCUUUGUCUUGUCUUUCUUCUUUCGUCUGCUUGGUCCUCUUUCUGUUUUGUUUAUCCUUUUUUUCCCUAUAUUUUCCACCCUUCUUUUUAAUUUAUUUGUAUUUUUACUUUUGUCGUUUUUCGGCAUCCUUUUUUAGCUUUUUUUUUUCUUCUUUUUUUUCUGUUCAUUUUGUUUCCUUUUCUCUAUUUGAUUUUUUUCCAUAUUCCUUCUUUUUUCUUUGUCUUUAUUUCUUCUUUGACGUCUUUUUCGUCAUUUUUCUUCGCUUUUUUUCCUGUUUGUCUUCUUUUCUUUUCUCGUUUUCUUUCCUCUUUUUCACCUUGUCUUCUUUUUUCUUUGUAUUAUUUUCUUUUUCUAUCCUUUAUUCUUUGCUGCUUUUCUUUCUUUAUUUGUGUCGUUCCUGUUUCUUUUUCUUUCUCAUUUUUAUCUAUUUUUAUCCUCUUUCUUUUCUUUUCUUUUCUAUGUCCUCAUUCCUCCAUUUUGAAAGAUUUUCCCCGCCUUCUUUUCUCAAAAUUAAUUUUUCUUUUUUCCCUACUCAAUUUAUUUUUAAAUCAAACAUUAUUCUUUAA